GAUACUAAUCUCGCAUAUACAUCAGAUCGAUCAGGAUGAGCACUUCUUCCAUGGCUUUUCAAUUAGGAGCUUCUUCCUCUCUCUCAUUCUCUUCUUCUUCCCUUCCUAGGUGGAUUCAUGAUGUAUUCUUGAGUUUUAGAGGUAAGGAUGUUCGCCAAAACUUUAUUUCUCAUCUUUAUCGUGCUUUGCGUCAAAGGGGAAUCAACACUUACAUAGACAACAAUCUCAAAAGAGGAGAGAAAAUUUCGCCAGAACUUUUCAAAGCAAUUGAAGGAUCCAUGAUUUCUAUCGUUGUAUUCUCUAAGAACUAUUCAGAUUCUAGAUGGUGUUUAGAUGAGCUAUUGAAGAUCCUUGAGUGCAAGGCAACGGUGAAACAAAUUCAUGUUUUACCCCUAUUUUACGAUGUACCUCCGUCGGAUGUACGACAUCAAAAAGGGAAUUUUGGAGAAGCAUUUGGUAGAGUUGAACAUAAGUUCAAGGCUGAUAAAGAAAAGCUUACAAAGUGGAAGGAAGCUUUAGAAAAAGUAGCCAAUUUGUCCGGAUUCGAAUUAGGGGACAGGGAUGAAUCAGAGUUUAUUCAAGAUAUCAUUAAAUGGGUAGACUCAAAAAUGGUAGAUCGUACACCUCUUAAUGUUGCUAAGUAUCCGGUUGGAAUAGAGUCUUGUGUACGAGACAUUUAUCAGCAUUUAAAUUUGGGAAGGAAAGAUAUUACAUGCAUGGUAGGGAUAUGGGGAGCCGGUGGAAUUGGUAAGACAACUAUUUCAAAAGAGAUAUAUAACAGGAUUUUUCAUCAAUUUGAUAGAAGUUGUUUCUUGAAAAACAUUAGAGAAUCUUCAAAAGCAGGAGAUUUGAUUCGACUACAAAAUACACUUCUUUAUGAGAUUUUGGGAGAAAAUUUGGAUGUUCGUGAUUGUGAUAGAGGCAUCAAUGAAAUUAGACAUAGACUUUGCUCUAUAAGGGUUCUUCUAGUCCUUGAUGAUGUGGAUGACUUGGUCCAACUAGAAACAUUAGCUGGAGCUCGCGAUUGGUUUCAUUCAGGAAGUAGAAUUAUCCUAACAACAAGAGAUCAACAUAUAUUAAAUAUCUCUAAUGUUGAUUCAAAAUACGAAGUAAAGAGAUUGGAUCAUAAUGAAGCUCGUAAGCUCUUUAGCUUGCAUGCUUUCGAGAAAGAAGAACCACUUGACAGUUAUGCAAAAGUCUUUAAAGAAGUAAUGCAAUAUGCUCAAGGUCUUCCACUAGCUUUAACAGUGCUGGGUUCAAAUCUAAAAGGUAAAACCAUUUGUCAAUGGGAAAGUGCAUUGGAUAAAUAUAAACAAAUACCCAACAAAAAUAUUCAGAGUGUACUUCAAGUAAGUUAUGAUGGAUUGGAAGAACAUGAGAAGGACAUGUUUCUUGAUAUUGCAUGUUUCUUUAAAGGAGAACCUUUGGCUGAUGUCAUUAAAAUAUUUGAGAGUUGUCAUUUCCAUCCUAAUGAUGGUAUCCCGAAGCUUAUAGACAAGUGUCUUAUCACUGUUGGGUAUAAUAUUUGGAUGCACGACUUGCUACAAGACAUGGGGAGAGAAAUUGUCCGAAAGGAAUCCAAAGAACCAGGCGCGCGUAGUAGAUUAUGGUUUUAUGAAGAUAUUCGCCAUGUACUAGAGGAAAAUACUGGAACAAACAAUAUUGAGGGGAUAAAAGUGGAUCUUCCUGUCAUGAUACGCCUGAGUCCCAAUGCAUUUGAGGCAAUGAAAAGACUCAGAAUUUUUAUCAGUCAUAAUGCACGCUUUUCUGGAGAAUUUAAUUAUCUUUCUAAUGAAUUAAGAGUGCUUAAUUGGUCAAACUAUCAUUUACAACAUUUGCCACCCAAUUUUCAUGGAGGGAAGCUGGUUGUUUUUGAAAUGCAUGCAGGUUGGAUCAAGGAAAUCAUUACCUGGAGAUUUAAGAACUUGAAGAUAAUGAGAUUUUCUAGGUGUAAGUUCUUAACCAGAAUUUCGGACUUCUCAAGUUGCUCAAAUUUAGAGAAAUUGGAUAUUCAGAUAUGUGAAAAUUUAGUUGAAGUUCAUGAUUCUGUUGGAUUCCUCGAUAAGCUUGUUAGUUUGGGUCUUUCUGGAUGCCCUAACCUGAAGAGUUUUCCAAGGAGUCUCAAGUUGAGAUCUCUAAGAGACCUUACAUUUAGCGGUUGCUCAAAACUUCAAAACUUUCCACAAAUCGAGUGUAAAAUGGAAGUUUUAAGUUCCAUUAGUUUGGGGGGCAUUCCAUUUAAAGAAUGGCCUUCAUCCAUUAUUGGGCACCUCACUCCUGCUAUUAAUUCAUUAUCUCUGAUACCAUCAGGCCCUAGUCAGAUGCGAAAGGGAAAUGUGGUUCCUUUCCGUGACUAUUGUAUACAGCUUAAAGAAGAUGAACCAGAUUCAUCCAUUAAUGGAUGCUUCACUGGGAUUGAACAUUUAUCUAUAGUAGGAAGCCUCAUGGACUUUGUGCGUCUCCCAAUCAGAAUUCCUCACUUGCAACAUCUAAAGAGUCUUUCUCUCGCUAAUCAUCCAGAUCUUGCAAUAGAUGAAAUACAUUCAUCCUUUGGGUACCUCACUAGGCUUAAAAAGUUGCGCCUAACAACAUCCCCAUUCUAUGAUGGUUGGUCGCUGGUUUUUCAUAAUUGGUAUCUUGACAACUUUUCAAUUUAUUGCUCAUCCACUUUGCAAGAGUUAGAUCUAUCAGCAAGUCGUAUUGUCAAGCUUCCUCCAAGUAUCGAAAGCUUUGUUGAAUUGAGGAUUCUCAAAUUGCAACGUUGCCGCCACCUUGAAGAAAUUCUACAUCUUCCACCAAAUAUACAAGAGCUAUAUGCUAAUCAGUGUUUCUCCUUGGAAAGAUUCCCAGAACUACCAACAAAAUUUCAAUUCUAUACAUCAUGUGGCUUGCGAGAGCUAAGAUGGAUUAAUUUGUCCUAUUGCCAUAAAUUGGAUGCAAAUAUAGGGAGUCAGGCGCCAAAUCCUUCAUUUGUCGAGGAACAUAUUCAGGACCAUUCAUGUGGUACUGUAUUUCGAGGGAAUAAGAUUCCAGAUUGGUUUAGCCAUACAAAGGAGACUUCAUAUACUCAUUCCUGUGAAUUGGAUAUUAUUGGGCCCUUGUAUUUGGAUAAAAUCAUAGGAAUUGUUUUCUGUGCUGCUGUUGGAAAACACACGAAUGAAUUUGGAGCGGUGUCGACCAAUAUUUAUGUUUCUAUAAACGGUCACAGGCUUGUAGAAACAGAUUUUUUCAUAAAUGGUGGCUCCUUUUGUGAUAACAGGGAUGAUGGAGACUGGGGUCAUGUAUAUCUAAACUACUCAUUUCCGAAAUCUAUCGAGCAAUGGCUACGGUACCCAAGAGGAGACAAUCUAAGGUUUAUAUUUGAGAGCGAACGAUAUCAGAUCAUCAAAAGUUGUGGAGUUCACAUAAUCUAUAAGCAUGAAGAGAAUGAGAGUUUAAUAGUUGGGGAAUGCUCAGUAGAUUCAUCGAAUGGUAUCCAACUUUCUAAGGGACGCCGAGAUGACGUAGACAACAACUUGGAAUUCAACAGGAAUCCACAACACAAAAGGCGCUCUCAAAACUUGGUCAAUUCAAAUGUGGUUAAUGAUUGCGCAAGAGUUGACGGUGAUUUCGCAGAAGCAGAAAGAGGCUUUGAGGGAUGUUUAAAUGAAGAAGAAGCACCUGCCUCUCGAUCUGCGUCCCAAGAAAACCAGGGAAUUCAUAGAAGGCUUACUAGGCACCAGGAUUUUACGCUGUUGGUGCAAAAGGGUUUCUCAAAUGAUGGGCAAAAGUCAAAGCUUUGGGGGAAACAUGUGUGGGUGGUGUUGUUGAUGGACUUGUUUGUGUGCUCGGUGUUGUUCGUGAUAUGGUUUUGGGUUUGCUGGGGGGUUUAACUGCAUUGCGGGUUUUAGGACAGAGGCAUGACUUUCACGACUCAUUGGUGUAUGAUGAGGACGUAUAAGCAAGUGUUGUUGAUUUCUUCUUUUGGUAAUUUACUUGGAAUUUUCUGGUAAAUCUUUGUAUGAAGUUCAAGACAAGUAAUACAGCUCUUUUUAUACGGUUCAUUUAUAUUAUAACACUGCUGUCAUGCAAUGCAUCAAAUUGUGUAUAUCUACAUAUUACUUGUA